GCCCCGCUGCUUAUCGCCUUGUGCCGGCACUACGGCGAAGUCAGUCGCCUGAAUCAUAGGGUUCGGCGGUAGGGCAGAGUCUGAAAAGAGUCAAAGGCCAUAAGGGGCCUUAGAGCCGCUCAUCUCUGGCAUUUUUAAAAUUGCUUUGCGAAAUGUGGAUGUACAGGGAAGACUGCGGUGCGUGGUUGCUUUCUUUUACCCGAGUAGAUGACUACUGACUACAAGUUCAGUCAGUUAUUAGAGAGGUUACAGCUUCUGUUCAUCCCUUCUCGUUGUGUACUGUUGCGUUUGAUAUCAGCUGGUGUCACGCUCGGACUUCCAAACACGUGCCGCUUGCCUGCCCUUCAGACGUGGCGCUCCCCUUCACCGCAGCUUUGCAUUUUUAACACUGGUUAGUGGCAACAUGAAGAACAUAGACGAUAUGUCCUUGUGAAACUUGUGGAGCUGCAGCAUCGUGCAACAUUCCAGUUUCCUCUUGAUGAAAUUUGGGAGGGAAGUUCAUUUGCUGUGUCACUUCAUGUCACAAUCUAGUCCAGAACGGCUUUUCCUGUGUGAGGAAUUGAGGAGGAAAGGGAGAAAUGAAACUGCAAAGAAGUUAUAUAGAAACGCUUUUGGGAAGUGUGGGGAGGAGGUGUUUAAGAGCCUUUUCUUGCAUUUAGUAAUCUGUUACUAUCAUGAAAGCUCUCUGCCAGUAGCUCUGUUUUAAAUGUGCUUUCUAUGUAAUUUGCAGUUUUUUUUUUUUUUAAUCUGUUUUAGUUUUGGAAUUGAUAUGUUUUACUAUGGGGAAUCUCUUGUGGGCAGUUGCUGCUUGUUUCUAGUAAGCCAGACCCCUGUGAGUGAUUAGCACUGAGCUCUAUUUCAACAGAAAAGCUAUCUGUCUUAGUGAGAUUGUUCCUUGGUAAUUUCCAUUGCACCCCUCUAUUUUUUUUCAAUCAUACAUAGUAAGUCCCUCCAAGGCUUGUGUGCUGGCUUUAGAGCCCUUUUUUGUCAGUCUUUUAUUCUUCUUGCGAUGUUUUAUUCUGUGUUAAUUGAAGAAUCAGGUUCCAGUUGUAUGUGAAAUCCGGAAAGCUGCAGAGAUGGAAUCUCCAUGUGUCAGGUGAAGCACCCAGGUGAUAUCUGUCUCAGGUACAGUGCAAGUGUUCAGAGCUCAAGUCACUUCCCCAGUGGCCAAAAUUCCCUCUGCACCAUGGAGCAGGGCCACUGCCAAUACACAGCUCUGCAGCAGAAGUUCCUGCUCCUCAGCAGGACUUCUGGAGCAGAAUUUCUGAAGCUUUAUUUGCAGAGCAGCAGCUAAGAAAUGUUGCUGUAUUGUACUGGGGUGGCAUAACACGUCUUCCUCAUUCUUCUCUGUUGCUGGAGUUAGCAUUGAGCCUCUCUUGUGUUUCAGGGGCAGGCAAGGGCUCUUGCACUGUCUCCCUGUUGACCUGUGCUCUUGCAGAAUGAUGGAAGCUGACAAAACUGGGCUAGACUGUUGGGGCCUGUAGGUUUUCACUUAUUAACAGCUCUCAUUAAUUUUGGGAGAAAUAGAAGCUCCUGGGGCUCAUAUGUGCUUUCUGCUAUCCUGGUGAAGAAGUAAGGGACCUUGUUGACACUGUAACUGGUGUUAAGUCACAAGGGGGUUCAAAAGUUCAUUUUAUUUAUUUAUUUAUUUUUUUUUUUAUGUUGUGUGGACCUUAUGCUUUUGCUGGCCUCGAUGUGUCUGGAGACCUUGGUUUGGACCUCUUAUCUCUGCUGUCUGGUCUCACUGUCUUAUCUCUACCAGCUGGAUACCAAGUUAGAAGGAAGGGGACAGUGGAUACUUAAAAUACAAUGUGGAGCAGGACGGGAGCAGUUCCAUGGCCUUGGGUCCAUGUACUGCAGAGGAGCGGCUGCUGUGAUCCUCACGUAUGAUGUGAACAGCCUCCAAAGCCUGACAGAGCUGGAAGAGAGAUUCUUGGCACUGACAGACAGUGCAAGUGCUGACUGCAUUUUUGCUAUUGUUGGAAAUAAAGUUGACCUCAGCGAUGACUGCACUUUACCACUGGAUGAAAAUAGACUUGAGAAGUCUGGUGCCAGCUGUGGCUCAAAGGUGCAAAAACAAGUCCGUGCAGAGGAUGCAAUUGCACUCUAUAAAAAGAUACUGAAAUACAAAAUGCUAGAUGAGAAGGAUGUUCCAGCAGCUGAGAAAAUGUGUUUUGAGACCAGUGCAAAGACAGGAUACAUGGUGGACUACCUCUUUGAAACUGUGUUUGACAUGGUAGUCCCAAUAAUCGUACGGCAGAAAGCUGAGGGGCCACAGCAAACCGUAGACAUCACGGACUACAAGCCAGCCAAAAGGACAAAAUCAGGUUGUUGUGCCUGAACCAUCUAUGUGACGUGGAAAAGGGGAGAGAUUUUUCACUCCAGCAAAAUGAGGAAUAAGAACUGCUUGCAGCUGACCAGAAAGAAAAAGUCAAGGAAUAAAUAGACUAAAAUGGUGUAUGCAAAAACAAACAAACAAAAAAGACCCAAAUAAAUAUUGUGAUCAUUAAAGGCUUCUGGGCAGCUCUGUGUAUAAAAAAAUGGGAAUAUGAGUGAAAUAAUGGAGUAAGACUUGCCAGUUUCCAUGGGCUCUGAAGACAAAGGAUGUGUUAUUACAAUGGGUAGCAACAAUCAUUUGGACAGAUUUGAAAGAUCCUGAUUUUUAGUGACUUGCCAUUUCAUGUUGCAUGCAAAUGAUCUAUUUGUGUACUCUUGAAAACUUUCAUAUGUUGAUCUUCUUUUCCCUUAUGAUUCUAACUUUGAAAGAUUGAACACACAGUACUUUUUUAUUCUUAAGGAAAAAAAGAAAAUCCAGGUAUAUUUAUAUUUGUAGCUAAUAAAUCAAUUGCAAUCUUUUUAUGUCAGGCAUGACAGCAUACAAUUCAGAGGCUGAGCUAUUAAAAUCACUGUGGAUAUGUGCUGUUCAUUUGGAGACUUUAUUAAUGAGAAUUCUUCUUCCAUAGUGGGCUUUCAUGUGUUAACAAGCAGAAUCCCAGCUCUUGCUGUUCUAAUUGGAAGUUGCAGGAGGAAGUUUUUUUAUUUUCCUUCCAUUUUUCUCUUAUAAGUAUUUUUAAUAUAGGUGGGUUUUGGGGAAAAAAAAUCAAUCUUGUCUGUAAUUUUGUAAAAACCUCUUUUUGGUGCCUUUAGGGAUAUCAUUGUAUUCAAUACCUGUAUGCUGUCUCCUUUCCCACUCCUUAGUUGUUCUCAGGCAGAGCUGCAGCUUUGAUUUUUAUCAGCUAUGCAUGACUUUACUACCUGGAGUAGUAAUUACCUCUACCUGGAGGGAAGUGAAGACUGGUGUUUUCUGAUGUGAAAUGGGCUAAUGCAGGAGGAAGGGAAGAAAGUGCCUUUUGUGGAGUAAAGGGCCCAUGAAGGAGCAGUAAUGAGGUACGUGCUUUCUCUCCUGACUGCAGUAAAAAGGAGUGGCUAACACUUAAUACAGCUCCUAGAGUUUCCCAACCCUCUUGGCUACAAAGAAUGCUUGUAGUGACCCAGGAACUCACACUGAACUGAGGCAGAGUGGAGAAUUUCUGGUUUUGAAACACCCCCCCCCCCCCCCCCCCCAUUCCUCCCAAAAGCAGCCACCCACUCAAACUCAAAGAUGCAGCUUGCAUAUUUUCAGUUUUGUGAGCUCUUGCAUGGGGACUCCAUCUUCCUUUGUAUGCCUCUGGUACAAUUUUCUAAAACUAAGGAUUGGUGGUUCUUAUGCUUUGUCAUUGCUUCUCUCUGUCCCAAAUCACAGUUAUUUCAUACAUAGGGAGAAAAUUCCUAAAUAAACAA